AUGCCAUUCUCCGUCUUCCUAAUCGGCCCAGGCUUCAUCGGUGGAGAGCUCCUCGACCACCUCCUCGAGGAGAACUAUGCAGUCACCGCUCUCGUCCGUCGCCAUAGCGCGGUCGCAGAAUUCACCAAGCUAGGCGUCAAAGCCGUCAUUGGAACUUUGGACGAUGGGCGAUUGAUCAGGGGCCAGGUUGCUGCUAGUGAUAUUGUCUUCCACGCCGCAACUUCAGAUCACUUAUUAUCCGUCCAGUCGGUUCUUGAUGGUAUUAGAACACGGGCUGAGCAAGGGCUCAUGACAUAUUACAUCCACACCAGUGGCGCUUCACUUUUGGCUGAUAAAGCUGCGGGAAGAUAUACGGAUAAUGUCAUUUAUGACGAUGAACGACCUUCUCAGAUCGAUACGUUGAGAUUGGAUGCGCCGCAUCGGCAGAUUGAUCUGGAAAUUGUUGGCGCGCGUCAGGCUCUGGCGAAGUUUGCUAAGAUUGCCAUUAUGAUUCCUCCUGUUAUCUAUGGUGUUAGCACUCUGGAAAAGCGUCUGUCGAUUCAAUUGCCCACGCACAUUCGAUACUCCCUGAAACACGGGUACGCAGGUCAGGUCGGGAGCGGACUUUCAGUCUGGGGAUAUAUCCAUGUGAAGGAUCUGGCGAGAGGCUAUAUGACGUUGUUGCACUGGAUGGAGCGUUCCUCUACCGAUGAUGUUCUGGAGAAUCCAUACUUCUUCUGUGAGAAUGGCGAAGAGCUCUCCUGGGGAGACUGCGCAGCCGAGAUUGGUCGACUCUUAGCGAUAGAAGGACGGAUUGAUGGCCCUGAGCCUCAAACAGUCCCAUUCGAAAACUACAACGAUUUCUUUGGGGAGUCCACCGUUGCAAUCGCGGGAUCGAACGCCAGAAAUCGCGCGAAUCGACUUCGGAAACUGGGCUGGCGGCCUUUGGAGAAGAACACAUUCGUUUCGUUGGCUGAGGAUGAGAUUCCGUUAAUUUUGGAGGAAACUAGGGAGUUUUAUGGCUAUCGGUCAGAUUUGCCUCAUGAUUGA